CUCUCACACAAGUUUGCUUCAAAUAUCAUAGGCACAAAAACGUGUAGAAAUUAUCACUUUUUCAAGGGAUUCUCUAUAACCCCGUCAUCGUGAGGUCAUGAAAACAAACGGACACUUUGGGCUGGUGGCAUGCAACAGUGGGGUGGGGGGUAAAAAGUUCAAGAAGCAAGAACUGUACGGAAGGGAAUAGUUGUAUUGUAAAAGUCUAAGUCACAUUAUACGGCCCAUUAUAGAGAAGGAUUUGUUUGUUGGAUUUGAUAAACCUCUACUAUGUCUUGCUGAGUUUUCUGGCUUCCUUCCCUUGGGAGGUCUAAUGGACUUUGACGCUGUAUAGUGGUUGGUUCUUUGUGGAUUAGUUCUUUUAGUUUUGUUAUAAUCUCAUGGCAGCAAUGAAUUUGGUGUUGGGGGUUGUGGUGGUGCUUUUAUCUCUUCUGUCGAUACGGGGGUAUUCGAAAGAACAUUCAAGACCAGCUGUUGUGAAUAUUGGGGCUGCUUUUACGUUUGGCACUAUCAAUGGGAAAGUAGCAAAGAUUGCAAUGAAUGCUGCGGUUGAAGAUGUGAAUUCUGAUCCUAGUUUUCUUGGGGGGAGCAAACUAGUUCUCUCAACACAUGAUUCGAAUUACAGUGGCUUUCUUGGCAUUAUUGGAGGUUUGCAGUACAUGGAGACUGAUACAGUAGCAAUUAUUGGACCACAAGUCUCUGGGAUGGCCCAUAUUCUGUCACACCUUGCGAAUGAACUCCAUGUCCCAAUGCUGUCAUUUACUGCAUUGGAUCCUAGUCUUUCAUCUCUUCAAUACCCCUACUUCGUUCAAACAGCACCAAAUGAUCUCUUCCAAAUGGCAGCCAUAGCUGAUAUGAUUAGCUACUUUGGUUACAAAGAGGUUGUAGCUAUUUAUACUGAUGAUGAGCAGAGCCGGGGCACUAUGAUAGCUCUAGGGAAUAAGUUGGCGGAGAAACGUUGUAAAAUCUCUUACAAAGCAGUACUUUCCCCUGAAGCCUUUGCAACUGACAGUGAAAUUUCAAAUGAGUUAGUUAAGGUUUCACUGAUGGAAUCCCGAGUCAUUAUUGUGCAUUCAUAUGCUGUAAUUGGACGUAAGGUUUUUGAUUUGGCCCAUAAACUUAGAAUGAUGGAGAAGGGAUACGUUUGGAUCGCCACAGCUUGGCUGUCUACUGUACUCGAUUCCACUCCUGUUUCUGGAGAAGUUGCCAAAUCCAUUCAAGGAGUUCUCACAGUCCGUCCCCACACAGCAGAUUCUAAGAGGAAAAAGGCGUUCAUUUCUCGAUGGAACAAAUUAAGCAAUGGUUCAAUUGGGUUGAACCCUUACGGCCUAUACGCUUAUGAUACUGUCUGGAUAAUUGCUAAUGCAGUCAAAGUGUUUCUUGAUCAGGGUGGCACCAUCUCCUUCUCAAACAACUCAAACUUGAACGGCGUGGGAGGAGGGACUCUAAAUCUUGGUGCCUUAAGCACAUUUGAUGGAGGCAGUCAACUGCUUCGCAACAUAUUGCAGACCAAUAUGACAGGUUUAACUGGUCGAAUUGCAUUUGAUUCAGAUAAAUCUGUUAUUCGUCCUGCUUUUGAUAUUCUAAAUGUAGUUGGGAAGGGAUACAAACAAAUAGGCUACUGGUCUAACUAUUCUGGACUUUCUGUUGUGUCUCCCGAGAUUCUUUACACCAAAGCACCUAACCGUUCCAGUUCAAACCAGCAAUUAGACCACGUGGUGUGGCCAGGACAAACAACAGUCAAGCCUCGAGGGUGGGUUUUUCCGUAUAAUGGAAGAAAUCUAAGAAUUGGAGUUCCAAACAGGGUGAGUUACAAAGAUUUUGUUUCAAAAGAUGAAAGUACGAAUGAGAUCCAUGGAUACUGCAUAGAUGUAUUUGUUGCUGCCGUAAACUUACUUUCAUAUGCAGUACCUUAUGAGUUUAUCUUGUAUGGAGAUGGCCACAAGAAUCCGAGUUAUACAGAGCUUGUACGCAUGAUGACAUCCGGUGUUUUCGAUGCAGUUGUUGGUGAUAUUGCAAUUGUGACCAACCGCACAAAGAUUGUGGACUUCACUCAGCCUUAUAUAGAGUCAGGGCUAGUUGUUGUGGCACCAGUCAGGAAGUUGAACUCCAGCCCUUGGGCUUUCUUGCGCCCGUUCUCUCCAUUAAUGUGGGCGAUCACAGCUGCAUUUUUCCUCAUUAUUGGAGUGGUAAUUUGGAUCCUGGAACACAGAAUAAAUGAUGAAUUUCGUGGUCCGCCGAAGCAACAGCUUGUCACAAUUUUAUGGUUUGGCUUCUCAACUAUGUUCUUUGCACACAGAGAAAAUACCAUGAGCACUCUUGGUCGUAUGGUUCUAAUCCUCUGGCUUUUUGUGGUCCUAAUAAUCACCUCAAGCUACACUGCUAGCUUGACUUCAAUCCUCACCGUUCAACAGUUAGCCCCAUCCAUUAGAGGCAUUGAUUCCUUGAUCACGAGCAAUGACCACAUUGGAUUCCAAGUCGGGUCCUUUGCUGAAAAUUAUUUAAUCGACGAGCUCAACAUUGCUAAAUCUAGACUCAUUCCCCUUAACUCGCCAGAAGAAUAUGCAGAUGCCCUGAGGAGAGGAAGAGUUGCUGCAGUCGUGGAUGAGCGUCCGUACGUGGAUGUAUUUCUCUCCAAGUACUGCAUGUCCCAAGUUGUUGGACGAGAGUUCACAAAAAGCGGCUGGGGAUUUGCGUUUCCAAGAGACUCCCCACUAGCCAUGGACAUGUCGACUGCUAUUCUAACAUUAUCAGAAAAUGGUGAACUUCAAAAGAUACAUAAGAAAUGGCUGAAUGCAAGAGCUUGUCAUCGUCCAAGCUCUGAUGACUCGGAUCAACUUCAGCUCAAGAGCUUUUGGGGUCUUUUCCUUAUAUGCGGAAUUGCAUGCUUUUUAGCUCUGAUCAUCUAUUUCUGCUUAAUGGUAUGGAAGUUCAAGCGAUACUUUGCUGAACAAUCAGAACCCUCUUCAGUACAGAGCAGUUCACGGUCCAUGCGAAUACAAAGAUUCCUGUCUUUUGUCGAUGAGAAAGACGAGGUGUCCAAGAACAAGUUGAAAAGAAAACGCGCAGAGACGCUGCCCAGGGGUGAAGUUGAAGACCAUCGGUCACUGACUGGAGUUCAGAGGACUGCAUCAGGCACUUACCGGGAGGGGCAUUAUGGGAAUUCUUACUUCUGAUGAACUGAAGUUCCUGGUUGGUUCAUCGUGCAUUUUUCUCUAGAGCAUUGUCAGGAAAGUGAAUAAACAUCGGAAAGUAAAUGAAAGAUGAAGACGAAAGGUAUCUUUGCUGAGCUUCCUUUUACUCCCUCUUUUAUCCGUAUACAGAGAUAGAAGAUAGAACGCUCGUGAUUUCAAUACCACAUGUAAAUAUCCUACACUGGUACAGGAAAUAGUAAUAUUACAACAUGAACUCCAGGAAGUCUUAGUUAAUGUUUUCUGCUUCUUGGUAUUAUGUCGUUGGUAUAUAGUAUAAGGAGACUGAUAAAUCAAAUGUAAGUGUAAUACGUCUGGGCUACUGGAACUAUGAAAUGAUAUUCCCAAAGUAUGUGUCUGUGUA